CGUUAGUAGUGUCGCCGUCGAUGUACUAAAUUAUGCUAGAUCUGGUCACAUAUAUGAAAGAACCUAACAUAAAUUCUAAAGAAUUACAAAUAUUUUUAUGGUGAAAUAUGACUAUUUCAUUAAGAUUCGUGUCGAAUAAAAUAUGGCAAAAUUCGCACCUCGUGAAAGCGAUAAGCAAAGAAGCAAAAGCUUUAUCAUCUUCUGCACAGGAAUUAAAACAUGAAACGAACCCUGAAAAUAAUGAUUCUCAAACUCAAACUAAACAGUCAUCUAACACAGUAUCUCUUGAAAAGCACAGAUAUAUUUAUCCAGAGUUUUUACCAGACCCAAAUCCAAUUUAUCGCAAUAUCAUGAGAGAAAAAUUGGAACGUUUCGAUAUGUUGGCCAGGAGGUCUGUUAUAAAUAUACCUGAAUUUUAUGUUGGUUCUGUAUUAUCAGUAACUUAUUCAGAGCCACAUGCAACUGGAAAAGUAAAUAAAUUUGUUGGUAUAUGUAUACAGAGAGAAGGUUGUGGAUUAAGAGCUGCGUUUGUUUUGAGGAAUAUUGUGGACGGGGAAGGUGUAGAAGUACGCUAUGAUUUGUACGAUCCAGCUAUCCAAAAAAUUGUUUGUUUGAGAUUGGAGAAAAGAUUAGAUAAGGAAUUGUUUUACCUCAGAGAUGCACCACCAGAGUAUAGUACAUUUCCAUUCGACUUGGAAGCAGAAUUGGUACCCGAGGGAACACCUGUACCGGUAAAUGAAACUAAAGUUCCUCUUAAAGAUCAGAAAUGGUCGCAAAGGUGGGAGCUUAAAGAUUUGAAAGGAGUGAAAGAGUUAGUUAUUAACGAAAAACGUCAAAGGAAGGCAAGAGCUUUGGCUAGACCAUGGGAGAAAUACGAUUUGAUGAAAACUUACAGAGAAACUAUUUCGCAAGAAGAACAAGAAAUGAUAUUUUCCGAACUGCAGACAGAGCUCUGUCAAUUAGAAGCAAAGAAGAACAUAUUGAAACAUAAACGUGUAUUUACAAGACCAAAGAAAAAUGUAUAAAAUGUUUUUUUUUAAGUUACAAAUAAAAAUUUGUUUUUUUUCACAAUUACAUGUAUAUUA